UGAAGUGGAGGUGACGACUGCGGGAAGACUGGUUUCAUGGCAGUCGCAGCAGCCAUGAGUGGAGAUGGCGGCGGAGGCGACGGGCACGAGCACGACGUCGUCAUGCCUGGAUUCCGCUUCCAUCCAACCGAGGAGGAGCUCAUCGAGUUCUACCUCCGCCGGAAGGUCGAGGGGAAACGCUUCAACGUGGAACUCAUAACGUUCCUCGAUCUCUACAACUACGACCCCUGGGAGCUGCCAGCACUCGCCGCGAUGGGAGAGAAAGAAUGGUUCUUCUAUGUCCCGAGAGAUCGGAAGUACAAGAACGGCGACCGGCCCAACCGGGUGACGGCGUCGGGAUACUGGAAGGCCACCGGAGCAGACCGGUUGAUCCGAGACGAGGGUAAUCGGUCGAUCGGUCUGAAGAAGACGCUGGUGUUCUACUCCGGCAAAGCUCCCAAAGGCAUCCGCACCACUUGGAUCAUGAACGAGUACCGCUUGCCGCGGAGCGACACCGACCAGCACAAGAAGGCUGAGAUCUCAAUUUGCCGUGUCUACAAAAGAGCUGGAGUUGAAGGCCGCCACCGUCUCCCACUUGCUUCCAAGCCGUCCUGGUCGUCUUCUCGAGGAACUGGAACGGAUAGAAGGCACAACAGCUGUUGGCAUCAGCAGCGGCCGGAUUUCCAAUUAGGAGGAGACUCUUCUUGGUCAGCGGCCGCACUAUCGACGGCUAAUUCACUGAGCUCUACAACCUCGACCGACGAAGACGGCACUUCAGCUCGGAUGAUCGAUGAACUCAACAGGUUGGUAGGUUUCAACCAGAACUACGUCAACUACAACCCCCAUCUGCUUCCCUUCACCGCCUUGCCCAUCUCAGUCCCCGCUGUCUCAGACAAGCUAUGGGAGUGGAACUCUCUUCACGAGACUGGCAGGGAAUCCACUACUGGAUUCAAGUGACUAUUAGGCAUGUAACUCGAAUCAACUGCCGCUGUGUGUUGGAUUUCCUUCUUCUUCUUCUUCUUCUUCUUCCUCUUCUUCAUUUGAUCAGAUCUAGCUCGCCAUGGUUUGAC